GCAUAGCUCGCUCGCCUUCUCACCCCGUUACCCCCCCCCCUCUCGCGCACGUCAACGUCCGUCGUCGCGCGCGCUAGCUUGCCUUGCCUUGCGCGUGGUGCGACUCAGUUUCGUUGGCGCACCGUUGCGUGGUGAGCGGGUGAUCUGCCGCCGCCGUCGCCGCCGCACGAGAGCGAGCGAGCGAGCGCCCGUGUCCGGUCUGCGCCGAGCCGAGGUUGUGCCGUCGUUACGAAGCGCGAGCGCGGCCACGCGUGCACGCAGCGCGGUUUCUCCCGUCGAGCCCGAGCGCGCAGCGACUGCACGGCGACGUCGCGCGUCCCCUCGCGCGCGCGAGCGAUGACCGCGUGAGGACCGCGCACGGGGAAGCGAGCGCGGUCGGAUCGCCGACGAGGACGAGGACGACGACACCCGCGGUGGCGCGCGCGCGGCGACGCAUCUCCUCGACGAUGGGCCUGCGAGGGCGGCAUUGAAGGGACACGGCUCCCCCCUCCCCGGGAAGAGGUUGGAUCGCCGUACCGGAGGACGAGAGCGGCGCGUGCGAGGGGCGGCGGCAGCGUUCGGGGAAAGGGCGGAAUUCGCCACCACCGCGAAGGCAAAGGGAAGUCGGAGUGCUCGCGUACCCUCUCGCGAGACGCCGCGCACGCCCCGACCGGCUGUCACGACCGCCAUGUUACCCCGGAGCAGGAGCAGCAUCAACGACAGCAACGAUGUCGCAUCGUGCGCGCGGCCGUUGGCGCCGCUGCUCUUCUGCCUCCUCGUGAUCGGCGCGGCCGGCCUCGAUGAAUCCGUUAUAGAAAAAUCUGAGGCAGCGGCGGAGCCGAAGAUUGAACGAACAGCGCUGCUGGACAUCAGAUCGUCGCAGGACAUCGGGGGUAUAGAGGCGGGCAGCACGCCAUCGCUAGUAUGCAAGCUCAGCGUACCGGGCCAGAUCUGGUGGAGCACCGGCGGCAGGAAUCUCACCACCAUCAAGGACUUCGAGUUCAUGGGGCGGCUCGACAUCAAGAAGGCCAGCAGAAACGACACGGGCGACUACAAGUGCUCGGCGAAGACCGCCAGCGGCGAAUUGCUCGAGAAAAAUAUCCAUAUCAGAGUGAUAGAGCCCGGCAAAAUAAUGUCCGACGGCGACGUGAGAGCGAAAGUCAUGGAAGCGGCGAGCUUAACGUGCCGCGUACACGGUUACCCGUUAUCCCAGUUUGUCUGGUUGAAGGGAAACGAUUCGGAGAGCAGCGAGCACUUGAAAAACUUCACCAGCGUCGCACAGAUAAACGAAACCUACACUGUCUUGACCCUAGAGUUCAAGAGCUUGGCACGUAAGGACAACGGCACGUACGUGUGUCAGGCAAACGAUUACAACGGAAUAGUGAGCGCGUCGGCGCACCUAUUCGUCAUCGAUGUGCCAAAAGUGAGCAUAGACUUCAUGAAGGCGGUUGGCGCCGGGAGUAUAUUUUUAAAUUGGACCGUCAACGACGGCAACGAGCCAAUCAAGAAGUACUUCAUCCAGCACAUGAAGAACGGCACGGAUCAGCGUCAGUACUACGCCGAGCAGAUCGGCGGCGGUAAUUCGAGUUACGUUCUCAAGGGAUUCGAAAGUGGUACCGCGUAUCAGAUCGGCAUCAGCGCCACGAACGUGGUGGGCGCGUCGUACAUGCAGUUGGAUCCGCGGUGGAUCACCACGCUUGAGAAAGAUCCGAUCUUCGUGCCAAAAGUGUCCGUAAACGGCGUGACGGAAAAUUCGAUCACGAUAGGCUGGACUCUACCACCGCCGGAUUUAAAGGAACACGUGCACUACUAUAAUCUAAUGGCUACUCACGCCGAUCAGAAGAGGGAAGCGGUAUAUCCCGCCCAGCCGUUUACCGUGUACGCGUUCGUGGAUCUUGAUCCGGCGACGACGUACAAAUUCAAAAUAGCCGCCUGCAGCGAGUACACGAAGCAAUGUGGCAAUUGGAGCGCCGAGGUAAACGGCACUACGCUGGACGGAGUGGCGAGUCCUCCGAAGAAUCUGACUGUGAAUUGCCGUUACGACAAUAUAAGCAGCUCUAGCUUCAUCUCCAUCACGUGGGAACAUCCGGAGAAACCCAAUGGCAUUAUACAGCGAUACAAUAUACAGCUGAAUGGCGUGGCGAGAUUUAAGAAUGACAUGGGACGCGUGGAUAUCGAUAGCUUUGGACCGCCUUCUUGGAGCGUUAAGAGGAAUAGCACGCGGUACAAUCAGAUACCUCCCAAUACUAAUUAUACGAUUCGGGUGCACGGAGUGACCAGAUCCCGCACCCCCGGCAAGGACGCCGUUGGCAACUGCACCGCCCCGGUCACGGUUCCGGAUCGCGACAGCAUGAACAUGCGUAGCUGGCGUAAGAUCGAGAACCAAGGCAAGCACCUGUUCAAGCUCUACCUACCGCGCAUCUCCGAGCGAAACGGCCCGAUCUGCUGCUACCGUAUCUACCUAGUGAAACUGCCGCCGCAGAAGACGGUCAGCGAUUUGCCGCCACCGGAGGAGAUCAAUGUGUACUCUUAUCACUACGUGCACAGUACGCCUGCCGGCGGUGCUUACAUUGCCGAGACGUUCGACAGCGAUCAACUGUUGACCGAGGUCUUUCUCGGCGACGGCGAGUCGUCCAGCGGCGACGCGAUGUGCAACAAGUGCAUUGGCCUGCGGCCCAAGCCGGCGCCGCCGUUGCUUCACCUCGUCCCGGAAGUUCAGACAACGGUCGCCUCGAACAACGUGACCAGCACCGUCACUACUACGACAUCAGCAACCACGUCGACGUCGACGUCAUCCGCGAGCACCAGCAGCAGUAACAGCACAAUCGGCAACACGUUCACCGCGUCGACGACGACUGCCAGUACUGCAAUAGUGGAUACAACUACAGCUGUGCCAGCGGUCAAUGCGACGGAGAAGACGAAGAGGCAGAAGAGAGAUAACUCAUCUGUGCAGAAGACGUCGGUGGACGGACCCGGGGAGCCUAGCUUGUCGCCUCACGACGGUUUCCUCGACGAGACGGCAAACUACACCGGUUUCAUCGAAGUUAUUGUGUUCGGUAGUCACAAGGAUCAGUUUCUACCGGCUUACAGUAGUUAUUUCCAUCCUCUCUACGGCGGAGUGGAACCCCUCGGUGUAACAGCCGCGGAGGCGUCUACUAUUAAAGAGGUGAUAGUACAACUCUUCAUCGCCCUGAUUUUAACGCUCAUGUUCCUGUUCCUCGCGCUCUUUCUGGUGUACAAAUACACGAAGCGCGCACAAGAAAGGGAGGAAGUGAUAACGUUACGCAACAGUUUCAGUUUGUACAGGCAUCUCUGCAGGAGCUUGACAGGCAGACACCAGCUUGUAGCGGCGAGUCCGCCGGACAUGCCGCCCGUACCCAAGGGUGAUCUGCUGCAAGCGUACCUAGAACGCCAUCGGGACUCGGACUAUGGCUUUCAGCAUGAAUUCGAGUUGUUGCCCGACCGAUUCACGGACAGGACAACGCGUGCGUCCGAGGCGCAAGAGAACCUCUUCAAGAAUCGUUAUCCGGACAUCAAGUGUUACGAUCAGACGAGAGUACGCCUGACGCUGUUGGACGGUAUCUGCGGCUCGGACUACAUUAACGCCAACUUCGUCCUCGGCUACAAGGAACGUAAGAAGUUUAUCUGCGCUCAAGGACCGAUGGAGAACACCGUGUGCGACUUCUGGCGCAUGAUCUGGGAGCAACAUCUCGAGCUGAUCCUCAUGCUCACGAACCUCGAGGAAUACUCGAAGACCAAGUGCGCAAAAUAUUGGCCGGACAAGCUGUUCGGCGAGCCGAAGAACUUCGGCGACAUCACGGUGGAGCACGUCAAGGAGCGCACUUACUCGGAUUACGUGGUGCGCGAGCUCAGGAUGACACGGCUAGGGGAGCGGGACGCGCGCACGAUCGUGCAGUAUCACUUCCUCGUGUGGAAAGAUUUUGUCGCGCCGGAGCAUCCGCACGCCAUCCUCCGUUUCAUUAAGCGCGUAAACGAGGCGUACUCGCUGGAGAAGGGACCGAUCCUGGUGCACUGCAGUGCCGGCGUGGGUCGCACCGGCACGCUCGUAGCGUUGGACUCGCUGCUGCAGCAGCUGACCGAGGAGGGUCAGGUAUCCAUCUUCAACACCGUGUGCGACCUGCGGCAUCAGCGCAACUUCCUCGUGCAAUCUCUCAAGCAGUACAUUUUCAUCUAUCGCGCGCUCAUGGAGAUGGCACAGUACGGCGACACGGAGAUUUCGGCGCCUCAGCUCAAGACCACAGUCGCCAAACUUAGGCAGCGUGACAGUGGCAAGGAAAAGUGCAAGAUGGAGGAGGAUUACGAUAAAAUUAGUUCAGUACUGGAAGAUAGGAAGUCCGUCUCGGUCGGUGGCGGAGAGGAAAAUAGAUCGAAGAACAGAAGCGAAUCGGUGAUACCGUACGACAGAAACCGCGUGAUACUUACUCCGGUCUCGGGCAGGGAACACUCGACGUACAUAAACGCGUCAUUCAUUGAAGGCUAUGAUAAUACCGAGUCAUUCAUCAUCACGCAAGAUCCCCUCGAGGCCACCAUAACGGAUUUUUGGCGAAUGAUCUCGGAACAAUGCAUUUCCACAAUAGUUAUGUUAUCCGAUUUAAACGAAGGUCCACGGAAGUUUUUGCGCUAUUGGCCCGACGAGGAGACCGAUUACGGUCACAUAAGGGUCCGCUACAUCCACGGCGAAAGCUGUCCGUAUUACACGCGUCGUGAGUUUUGCGUUUUAAAUACAAAGACUGACGAGAGCGGGAUCGUGAAACAGUAUCAGUAUCAUGGUUGGCCAACGGUGGAGGGUGAAGUACCUGAAGUGACGCGCGGUCUCAUCGAGCUCGUCGAUCAGACGCUGACAAACGACGUCGAGACGAGCGGCUCGCUGGUCGUGCACUGCAGCUACGGGUCGGAUCGGAGUUCCAUGUUCGUGGCGCUUAGCAUACUCGUCCAGCAGUUGCGCAUCGAGAAACGCGUGGACAUCUUCACGACGACGAAGAAACUCCGCUCGCAGCGGCAAGGCAUGAUAAGCACCUUCGCGCAAUACGAGUUUCUUCAUCGCGCCAUAGUGAAUUACUCGGAUCUUCACAAGUUGGCCGACGACGAGCCGGUGUCAUAAUGUCUGAAGACUAGCAAAAAGCGAGAUUAGAUUGUUUUAAAUACUCUUUUUCUGGGCGGACAAGUGCGCGAGGACGUUCCGUGACGAUCGUGAGUGCCCCACGGAGGAUCCACGAACGUUCGAGCAGCUGUAUAUCGCCCCUACCAAAGAUGAACGAGCAUCAAGAUUGAAGAUCAUUGACAUCAUCGUCAUUAUCAUCACACAUCUACUAUCACCGUCAUCAUCGUUAUCACCAUCAUCGAGGCGAAUUCAUUGCGUUGCAUGCGACUUUGGAGACUCUUUGUACAUAAUAUGCCUGCAGAUUUUGCAUGUGGUGAUCGUAACAGUAGAACCGGAACCAUUUAGCGGAGAUUGAUGACUGAUGAAAUCGAUCCAAAGGCGAUUCCAUUACGCGCAGAGAGGUCUGAUUGUUCGUUAGUCGGAAUCGCAUAGUGCAGUGUGUGUGUCACGAGACUAUUACAGAAGCUUAUUUUUAUCGGUAGUCUAAUGGUCCAGUUGGGGAGUAUGUAUCGUAAUAAUGCAUCCACGGUGCGUCGAACUUUCAAUGCAUCGAGAUCCCGACCGUUCGGUAGAGGAGAGGUCACGCUCGACGGAAGGGAGGGUCGUCGGAGCUCUCGAUACGACUGUACAGCGAAAACUCGGCGCGAGGUAACGGGUGUGUUUGUAUAGGUAUGACUACGUAUAUAUAUAUAUACACACACAUAUAUAUAUAUGUUCUUCUGACGAGUGUACAACGCGGCGCGGAGCCUCGCUCAGCCGCUUCGUUCCUUCGUGAAGUGGUGAACGAUGAGAGGCUCGACGCACCGCGAUUCUUCGCACAAUCUGAAAAUCCGUUUGCAGACACUUCUCCGAAGUUCCCAUCGACAUAUGUUAUCCUGACGUUUGCUACAGAUCGUCCUUUCUCUUGAAGCGAACGCAACGAGGCAAGGUAAAACGAUUACACAAUCUCGUUCACGAUCGGGAGCAAGCUUCGUUCGGAAGCGGCGUUUCUCCCGCGACAACGCGAGAUCUGCUGUAAUAUUGAUGAGUAAUAUUAGUGAUUACGCGCGCGUUUUUGCGUAUAUUUAUAUAUGUUCUUCUUCUGACUAUGUAUGCGUUUAUUAUCGCGAUAUAUUAUCUGCGUAUCUCGUGCGCUGAUUUCUCUUCUCGAAAGGAAAGACUGAUAAUCUUACUCAGUUCGAAAUACGCGACUAAAGCACGUUACGUCGUUUGCACAACAUUGACAUUUCGCUGUGAAUCGUAAUAUUGUCUGACUAGAGGGACGAAGGAGGUAAAGAUAGUCGUUGACUUUUUUUCUUUACUUUCCAUACUUGGGAAAUAAUUACCGAUAGAAUACGCGAUGUGCUUCUUUCGCGCGUGACGAUACGGGGAUUAUAUUUGCCAAGUCGAGUACUAAAUGGGCUAGGCAAACUGUCAUAUAGAAUGAUAGAUAUUAUUUUAAACAAAUUGCAAAAACCUUUCGAAAGCAUAUUCCGGAAACGCAAGGCACGAAAAUGAUCCAAGAUCCGAGAUAAUCUCGAGAAUUUCAUUAAUAAACAAUGAUACAUGGAUAGAAAACGGUACUCGAGGCGUAUUUAAUAAUUAGCGCGCGUUCAAGAUAUCGUCUAGCCCUGUGUGAGAAAAGACGACGGCGGAACAACCGGUCGAUAUAGACAAAGGAAGGGAAAGAGAAAUUUAAGUGAAAUUAUAGAUUAAGUGAUUAAAGAGAGAAAAGGAUGGAAUUACACGUUUACUUCUUUCGCGCGCUCGUUCAGUUCUAGUCAAGUUUAUAAACUCCAGCACGUGCGUUGCCAGGCCAUAGCCUUUUACAGGGGGCAGGAGACAAUCAUGUUAAUUACGAUUCGCACCGCGUCGUCCGAUUAUUUCCUUUUUCUUUCCUUCUUCGCAGGUAUGAGUUUCAUUCCAUUUUGAUCGGGGGUUCUCCGAUAGGAGAUACGAAGUUACGUAAUCGUCUAUUUCAUUUUUUAAUUGCACGAGCUUUUUGUUUAAAUAAAAUCUAAACCUUGCAGGGUGAUUUAUACUUCUUUCUCCAAAAAAGGACGUCCAAAAAAGGAAAGAAAUUUACAAGUUUAACUCUAACACAUCCGAUCCUAGCGAUAUCAUCGUGACUCAUAUUUGGAGGGCCCCAAAUUUCAACAUUAAACGCGCUGGAUAGAUCUAUCCCGCCCUAUUAUGCGACAAAUAGAUAUAUUUUAAUUUUUAGUCGUUACCGCAUUAAUAACUCGCUUCGAUUAUGUUAUAGUUGAUAGAGAGCCUCUAGAAAAAUAGCAUUCUUGCGCGCGCCGCCUGUAUUUAUAUAUAUAUAAAUAUAUAUAAAUAUAUAUACAUAUAUAUAUAUAAAACAUUGUUAUACUACCGCCUAUCGCUGUUGCUACUUGUAUCGAUGAAUGGUGUGACAAUACUUGUUUCGUGCUCCUUUUAAUAUAUCCGUUGUUAUUACGUGCGUUUUCUAUAAGAUCACGCAACGUUUUGUUUCAUUUUAAUUAACUUUAACAUCUGACGUAAUUGUUCUGUACUUCCUGGAUUAGAUUUUCUCGCACAGCAAUUACACAAAUGACUCCAUAAGCAUAUUGAGUCAUGCGAAUAAAGGUGAAGCAAAUAUUCUCGACGGGAGACGGCAGAAAUAUUUAUUAUCGUUACAAAUCUUUUAACAUGUUUUUAUCUUCAUGACGUAAUUAUUAUAAUAACGCUGAUACGGAGAUCAUUAAUAAUUUUUCGUAAUAACAUAUUUCAGGCAUUUUUCUCCGCGACAGAGAUACUUUACUGCACAUUUACUCACGUGGCUCGUCAAUUGUGACUUCCUAUUAUUUACAGCAAUUGAAUUACAUUAUAAAGCGUUGAUCCUGUCGCGAUCGAUUAGCAGUCGAACAGUUGUGACUGUUAUUGCAAACGUACCUUCCACACACUUAGUAUUUUAUUUUAUUGCGUCACGCUUGAUUAUUGUAGCGUUGCAAUACACGUCACGCGGACCGAAAAUCCUCGACCUGCGAUCAAGCGUAGUUUCUUGUACUUGUCUCUAAUAAGUUAUAUAUAUAUAUAUAAUUUGUAAUCUCCAACGCCUAAUUGACGCGAAUGUGGGAGAAGGCGACUCCUACGAAGCCGGAUUCUGCUGAUAGCACUCAACUCCUCGCGCACGAUCCGUGUGAUAUACCUCGUCGAGAAUUAACGUUUGUAUCGAUCCGAUUUCGAGAUAUCUCUUCUGUAUACUGAUCACGAUUCUCGUAGAAUCGUUUAGAGAUAAGCGAAAGAGAUCAUUCCGCAGAGAUCUUUCGGCAAAACAGCCGACGUACUAUUUAACUACAGAUCGGCGAGAAAGUUAAGCCUAAGAAUUAAAUUUGUAAUGGAUGACGAGAAAAGUUAUAAACAAACUUGAACGCCACCAGAACACCAGACAAACCUACGAAAAACAAUCGAGUCGAAAAAUCGAUCUGUGAAGCUAAUCUUUGAAAUCAGAGGUUGUUUAAACUUUUUAAUUUUUCUUCUACCUCUCUUGACUUUAAUUGCUUGAAUUUCUUAACUUUUAAUUGAUUCAAGUAAUUUAUAACACAUUUUUAAACACGUCCCAUGGUAAAUAAUUUCUUAUUCAGUCUCUGAAUUCGAAGAUUAGAAAUUGAAUUUUCUGUAAUAAUGAUGCUUUUUAUUAAUUUUGUAUCCUACGUAUCUCUUUUUAUACGUAUAUGUUUUAUAAUAGAUUUGACGAAUUGCAAUUUUACAUGUAAAUUUCGUACCAAUUCUUUUAUCCGAAUAUAUAAAUACUUCUAUACAUUUGUAAACUUUUGUUUUUUUUUUAUUUCUGGGUGAUAUAUUUUUGUAGCCUUUGUUCGAGUGGGAUUUACGUUCUUUUCUGAAUUCACGAUGCAGUUUCAAGUAGGACGACACGACACCGGAAAAAUGCCGGAACGGAUGAAACUAACUAUGAUUCCGUUAUACUACAACAAACGUACAAACAAGCCUCGAACAAACGUACUUUCAUUCGCGAGAGGAAGAAAUGGAAACCACACGCAUUACUAAGAAGUAAGAUUUGGAUACGAUAAUACAUAAUUAUUAUGUAUUAAUAAUAAUCGUCAUUAGCACAAUAAUAAUACUGUUUUGAUAAAAUGAAGUGUACGACGUCAACCCUUCCUGGUUACGCGUGGUUUCGCUGCGGGCCGAUAAACCACACGCGCUGCUCGACUGUUGCCACAAAUGUAACUCUAUUUUUACAUUUAAGAUUUUUACACUCGAAAGACGAACAGAACGCAACUGCUCAUCCGAGGAAAAGCGAUGGUUUGUUUAUUCGGAACGAAGCCUCCGAAGGCGGGUUUCAUCGAAUCCCGGUGUGGCCAGGAAGCCUGGAGCGAACUAUUCAUGACUGGCGAUGAGGUUCGAUACGCGGAUAAUAUGCUCAUCUACUUGCAAACUGAUAAUUAAUAGACUCGAGAUAUCCACUGGUAUCACAUGUGUGCAAGAUUGCGUUAAUGUUUAACGAUACAAGGCCUACUAACGUGAGGGUGAAGGGGGACGAGUAGACGAUUUCCUCAUCGCUCUACGAUAUUCGCGCACUCUGUCUCGUUUUAGUCGGCUGCAAAUGGACAUUUCUUUAAAAUUAUCCGUAACAACAUCUGGCCUAAUUUCUUCUUACACUUAAUACAUUUUACAAAAUUUGGAUAAAUUUUAAUAUAUUAUUAAAUAUUGAAAUAUAUUGAUAAUUGUGAAAGAAAAUCUCAAGAUGCCAAAAUGUUACAUUUUUAACACACAAAUAUGAUUUAUUAAUUUCCAUAGUCCUUUUUGUAUUACAAGUUUAUGAAAAAGUACGAAAUAAUGAACGAUAUUUAUUUGCGUAGCUAUCAUUUAAUUUUGACGGAUAAAAGGACGCAAACAGUGCUACUUCGUCCCGCCUUUCAUACUAUCAUAUAUCGAUUAAUACGAGAACAUCUCGAAUCGCGAAUCAACGAAAUAUUAUAAAUCGUAUUAGCUACAAGUUACGUGCCAAUCUUGUCUUAAUCAUAAUUAACUAGCUGUUUCAUCCUUCGUUAUCACGACAAUUACAAGUAAACCAAAAAAGGGCAUAGCAUUCGUAAUCCUAGAGUGUAUUAAUCAUAAUUAUUGAACCAAUGUAUAUCUUUCACAGAUUAUCCCGCGAGUAUAAAUAUCAUUAAUAUCCAUGUAACUUUAGAAAGUGACUUAGGUAAUUAUUUUUCAGUCGUCUCAUUCAAGAUUCGAGAUAUUCCCUGACAAGAGUGAUAACUCCCGUGCGUUACAGGUGCACACGCACCAUCACGUAAUCGGCUGGAACGCGUUGCACGAAUGACAGAGGAGCGUAUCCUGUAAGGACGUGUGCGUGACGUGUAUUAUAUAUUUAAGAAAUCCACAUGGAUCAAAGGAGACGGCGGUUAAAUAUAAAAGAAAACAAAGUCAAUGUGCAAAGCAAAGAAUGUCGCAUAGAUAAAUUCAUUUGGAGAGCAACGGUGCGUUACGACACAACAAAUCUACAUCCAUAAUGCGGUGUACCGCAUCCUUUACCGCAGAUUUUUAAAUCACACCGCUAGAGCUCAUAAUUAAAAAUCUUCUUUCUCCGUCUUUAUUGUGUGACUGUGGAAAAGCACUUAACGGAAUUCAUUCGAUUCGACCCAACUCGUAAAUUCAUGACUUCUUAAAUGCAGAUUUAAGAGCAGCGAUCUCAUGCGAAAGCUGUAAGCCAUCACCGCCGUCUCCGUCUGUUCGUCGACUAUCGAUAGGCUCGAAUUUUGUAAAUUAACUUAACGGUUAAAAUAGCAGGCGGAAAAUUAAUACCGCCGCGUAUUAAUAUUAACAAUUACGUUCGUACGUGAUUACAAUUAUAAGAAACAUUUGCAUAUAUAGUCUUAGAUUUUGUAUGAUACUCACACAGAGGAGAGAAGACAAGGUGGAUCACGCUGAAAGAUCGAUAUCUGUGAGAUAUUAAGUGUACUGAUAAGGAUCGAGUAAUUAACGUGCAUACGGGAUUAAGACCAGAAGAUGUCCAGACACGCGUAAUCAUGUGAGUUUCGCUCUCGGAGAGUAAAACUUGCAAAAGUGCGUACCGAACCAGCGGAUUGCGCUCAUCAUCGAAUCAUUCUUUUGUAUGAAAAGUUGUAAAGCAAUAUCGGUAACAGUGCACUCGAUGUGAAAGGAAAUACAUGACACAAUAAUGAGCUGUA